UGGGGAGCAGGGGAUUCUUCUAUCGACGUCGAAAAGAUUGGAUUGAUCAAGGCCUGUAUGGUUAUUUCAUGGCAAGGAAUAGAAAACGAUAAUGACUCUAGCCUAGAGGUCGUUGGAUCAAGAAGACGACAAAUAGGAGGCAAGGAAGGGAAUAGGCAGUAACUUUGGGGGGCCAUGGCCUAUUCAAGCUACAGCAACCUGAGCAGGGCUCAGCUUACCUUUGAGUACCUGCACACUAAUUCGACAACCCAUGAGUUCCUGUUUGGAGCCUUAGCAGAGCUUGUGGACAAUUCAAGGGAUGCCAGUGCUACACGAAUAGAUAUCUACACAGAAAAAAAGCCAGAACUGCGUGGUGGUUUUAUGCUCUGUUUUCUGGAUGAUGGUAUUGGGAUGGACCCUAAUGAGGCAACACACGUGAUCCAGUUUGGAAAAUCAAACAAACGGUCUCCAGAAUCCACACAGAUUGGCCAGUAUGGAAAUGGGUUGAAAUCGGGCUCAAUGCGAAUUGGGAAAGACUUUAUCCUGUUCACAAAAAAGGAUAAUGCACUGACUUGCCUUUUCCUGUCAAGAACUUUCCAUGAAGAGGAGGGACUCGAUGAGGUUAUUGUGCCUCUCCCCUCCUGGGAUCUGAAAACCAGGGAGCCCCUGACUUCUGAUCCUGAGAAGUAUGCGAUAGAGACAGAACUCAUCUUCAAGUAUUCACCUUUUAAAAGCGAGCAGCAACUGAUGGAGCAGUUCAAAAAAAUAGAAAGCAGCAGCGGCACGCUUGUGAUCAUCUAUAAUCUAAAGCUGAUGGACAACGGCGAACCAGAGCUGGAUGUAGAGACAGAUCAUCAGGACAUACUGAUGGCUGGGACACCUCUUGAAGGAGUGAAGCCAGAGCGGAGGUCCUUCAGGGCUUAUACUGCUGUUUUGUACAUUGACCCUCGCAUGAGGAUUUUCAUCCAGGGUCAUAAAGUCAGGACUAAAAGACUCUCCUGCUGUCUUUAUAAGCCAAGAGUUUAUAAAUACACAUCAACUCGCUUCAAAACCCGUGCUGAACAAGAAGUGAAAAAAGCAGAUCACCUUGCAAAGAUUGCGGAGGAGAAGGCCAGAGAGGCAGAGAGCAAGCGUAUAGUUAUGGAGGCCAAAUUAGGAGAGGACCUGUCAAAAGAUUCAAGGGCAAUUCUGAGAAAAGUGCAGGAUUCAGCCAUGAUGCUGCGAAGAGAGGCUGACAUGAGAAAAAGGAAUCUUGAAGCCAAACAGAAAGCAUUAAAGGAACCGAAGGACCUAAAUUUUAUUUUUGGAGUGAAUAUUAAACAGAGGGAUCUUGACGGGAUGUUUGUGUACAACUGUUCUCGUCUCAUUAAGAUGUAUGAGAAGACAGGGCCUCAGCUGGAGGGUGGCAUGGCGUGUGGUGGUGUGGUUGGAGUUGUAGAUGUCCCAUAUUUGGUUCUAGAGCCUACUCACAACAAACAAGACUUUGCAGAUGCUAAAGAGUAUCGACAUUUACUGAAAUCAAUGGGGGAACAUUUAGCUCAGUAUUGGAAGGAUACCAACAUUGCCCAAAAAGGCAUAGUCAAGUUUUGGGACGAGUUUGGAUAUCUUUCUGCCAGCUGGUCUGCUCCGCCAUCAUCAGAGUUGAGAUACAAGCGACGUCGUGCAAUGGAGAUACCACUCACUAUCCAGUGUGAUAAAUGUUUGAAGUGGAGAACACUCCCCUUCCAGAUGGAUGCAGUGGAUAAACGUUACCCAGACAGUUGGGUGUGUCUCAUGAACCCUGACAGUAACCAGGACAGGUGCGAUGCUCCAGAACAGAAACAGAAUUUGCCAUGUGGUGUUUUAAAGAAAGACAAAUUGACAGCUGAAGAGAAACAAAAGGAUCUUGUAGAAAAAAUCAAACUGCAGCAGGAGAAACUAGAUGCCAUGCAGAAAACCAGCACGAUCAAAUCUGCAGCAGACAUCAAAAAGCUGCCCCUGGAAGUCAGCAUGAAACCCACAGAGAGCACCUCUCAGACAACUAGAUCCUCUGAAAGGUCCAUAACUCGCCCACGCUCCCCACCACUCCCAGCUCACCUAAAAAAUGCUACAAAUGCUCCGUCAGCACGUACAGCAUCUCAGCGCACCACUCGAACCCCUGUGCCCCCACCACCUCCUAAAGUUGAACCAUCCAGAUCCAGAGCUGCAGCGAAGUCUUCUCCCUCUUCAGCAAAGCCUGUACCCAAAGCUACCGCAAAAACUCCUCCACCAAGCCGCACCGCACGAGGCUCGACCAAAGCAUCACCUGUCAGGCCAGCAGCUGCUGGACAGCGCAAGAGAAUAAUUGAGCAGGAGGACAGUGAGGAAGAAGAGGAGGAAGAAGAAGAAGAGGAAGAAGAAGAAGAAGAGGUGGAAGACAGUGAGGAGAGUGAAGAAGAACCACAGACAAAGAAAUCCAAGAUGGCCACAGCUGCUAGUAACCGUGGUAAAGUGGUGGAAAAGGUCCCACCUCUCAAGCGUGGCAAGUUAGAUGAGGUUAAAACACAAUCUCAGCCUGAGAAGAAAGGGAUUUCUUCUCCUGCACGUCAGCAGCUGACCACACCAACCUCUGUUCUUAAACCUAUUUCCACGCAACAGCAAGGGGCUAAAGAAAAGGUACCUGAGAAAGCUCCACAGAAGGAGCUGGAAAGUGACACUAAAAAUGCUCAGAAAGAUAAGGGUGUGCUGGUUGAAGUUCGUGUCAAUAAGGAGUGGUACACUGGCAAAGUUAUUGCUGUGGAAACAAAUAAACAGAGUGUUCGCUGGAAAGUUAAAUUUGAUUAUGUCCCAAGAUGUACCCCCAAAGACCGAUGGGUGUUUAAGGGUAGUGAUGAAGUUCGGCUGAUGCGGCCACCAUCUCCAAUCUCUCAGACACCCGACACCCAACAGGAGACUGAAAAAGGUCCAGCACCUAUGGAGCCAGACACCACUCAACCUGGAACCAGUCGAGAGGUGACAGACAGUCUGGUCACCAUGUUGAGGACGAUGCUGCGCUACUUCUUCCCGCCUGCUUUUCGCAUUCCAAAGGAUGAUGUAAACGGCAUGACAGCUGAGGAGUUGGUGGCCUUUCCUUUGAAAGAGUAUUUCCAGCAGUAUGAGUCUGGUCUUCAGUCGUUAUGUAAUUCAUACCAGAGCAGAGCUGAUGCUAGGGCCAAAGCUGUGGAGGAAAAGAGUAACAACAAUGAGCUCAAACUGAAGGAGGCAGAUGAGAAACUGCAGAAACUGCGAACAAACAUUGUAGCGCUUCUGCAGAAAGUACAGGAGGACAUCGAUAUAAACACAGAUGAUGAACUCGAUGCCUACAUAGAAGACCUCCUCACCAAGGGUGAUUAGAAAAUAUGGAGAACUUUAACAAAAGUGGAGGAAGACAUAAAUAGACUUGAUUUUGUCCAGCUGUCACUUGCUGAUAACUUUCCAAGGACCCGUGCUUAUGUACAAUUGGCUGUGACUUUGGGAAUUUUUUCAUUUCUUCAUCCCUCCUCUUGUUAAAUCAUAAGUUUGAUUUAUUUCUAUGUGGUUGAUUAGCCUCCUGACCUGUGGUUUUCCUUUUAUCCCUUUUUAUAUAUUGCACCUACUCAUAGACUAAAUGUUUAUCUACGUUUAAAACAUGCUAUCCCAAUUGAACUUUGGAAAGGUUUGUGUAGAUUUAAUGUACCAGUAUACCAUUUUUAUAUAGUCUGCUUAUGUGACAGGGUAAUAUCUGUUCUUCAUUUUGGUCCUCCAUAAGGUAAGUAUUACCUACUGCAAGUGACAACAUACACUGUCUCAGUACUUGGGUUUAAGUGGUUUGUUUGUUUUGGUUUUUUUUUUUUUUUUUUUUUUUUUUUUUUUUUUUAUUAUUAAACUAAGUUUUAUUUGUGUACUUAAAAAAAAAAAACAUCAGUCUCACUUUUAUCUUUCUCCAUCCUGGUCAGUGAACCAAGUUGUCCUUUUACAGCUGUGUUAGAUUCUACAUACACAUACUGGGUUUUAUCAGUAUAUCCUUUCAAAUACUGUCUACGCCUGAGAUUCAACGGUUUUGUGAGUGUUUUUUUUUUUUGUUUGUUUUUUUUUUUUUUACGAAAACAAAGUUUAGUUCAGUACAAAAUUCUAUGUUCAGACAUAUACAGUGCCUGUGUACUUCUUUUUUCAGAGAUUUUUAAACAUGUUAUGGAAACGUUUUAUCCACCACUGCAUGCGCUCAGUCUUGUCUUGAUCAGAUAAAAGAAUUCUGUAUUUUUGACAGUUCUUUAUUUAAACAAUAAAACAGGUUCAUUCACCGUUUACUUUAA